AUGGAGGAUGCCGGAAGGUUCGUUUGCGAGGCCUCCAACUCAUUUGGAAAGGCGACGCACAGUGUCGACGUGGAGAUAGGAGGAAUACGAGCUCCGGUAAUCAUACCAAAUCCGAGAGCCACAGCGUUGGCUGGCGAGCCAUCUAAGACUCUGCUGUGCACAGUACAAGACGCAAAGCCGGUCGCCACAGUGAUGUGGACGAAGAAUGGUCAUCCACUACCAAUAGAUUCGCCCAAGUUCAGUAUUGUUAACAACAACCUGGUGAUUCGUAAUAUAAAGGUCAGGCGAUGCUAUUGGAAUGUCUAG